CUCCACGCUAAGUUCUGUAAUACGGUUCCUGCACCUCGCGUGUCGAAGGCGCAAGCUGCUGUCUAGUGGCAGCAUCUGUAUUACCAUUGCAAUUAAGUGCAAGCUUGGCGGACGGCUUUGCCUUUGGAGUUCGCGACAAACCGCUCUGGAGAGCACAUGCUGGGCCGCAGGACCUGGGGCCAAGCCAAGAGGCGCUCCUGCCUGCACUCCUCACAGAGCUGGUGGAACAUGGGGUGCGGAGCCUCUGUGGCGCGGGGCCCGGCCUCCGUUGGCGCGCUGGACGCCGGCGAGCUGAGGGACGCCUCGCUGCCACCUACCGUGGUGCUGCACCAGGGAGUGGCGCAGGCAGGCGCACGUACCCACAUAGCUACUGCUGCUUCAGCCGCUACAGCCGCUACAGCCGAUACUGCCGUUACUGCCGCCGACACUGCCGCUCCUGGCGCCGCCGCAGCUGCCCCACCGGCAGGGGAAGCAGCUACUGCCGGAGCUACUGCGGGCUUGCAGCCGCAGGCAGUAGCGGCCAUUGGCGGCGGCGGCGGCAGUAGCAGGAGCAAGGAUGGCGGUGCCGGCUCUGGCACCGCCCCAGAUACUGCUACAGCUGCUGCUGCUGCUAAUGCGGAGGAGGGUCUCGGCGGCACGUGGCUCCUCGUGGAUGUGCCGGCACGCGCCGCCGACCCCACCGCCGGCACCGCAGCCACAGCAGCCGACCCCGGAGAAGCGGCUGCUACUGCUACUGCUACUGCUGCAGCAGCAGCAGCAGCAAUUACUUCUGAUGCUGCUGCCGAGGCUGAGCCUGCUGUCAUCGUGGGGGAGGUGGGCGUCGGAGACGCCGCCGCCCCUGCUACUGCCUCGGCCAGCAGUGCCGCUUCUGCUGCUGCUGCUGCUGCUACAGCCGAACCUGCUGAGGCCCCGCAGCCCCCCCAGCCGCGCAUGGUGGACUGUGCGGUGUCGCUGCAGUUCCUGGUCGACUUCAGCGCCGGCCAGGUGCCGGAGGACAUGCCCACGUGGAAGGUGGUCACGGACAUUGUCGUACCCGCCACACGCGACCGCCGCUGCCGCUACGUGGAGCACAUCGAUAGCCGCCACGUGGGCCACUGCGACUACUUCAUCAGCCACAGGUGGGCCACGCCCUUCAGCCACCUGGUGCGCUACGCCCGCAAGCACCUGGUGGAGCUGGGAGAUGUGGUGCUGGUGCCGCCAGAGGCGGCAGUAGCAGCAGGCGGCGAUGGGGGCGGCACUAGCGGCAGUAGCGGCAAGGAGUUCACGGUCCCAGAAGGCAAGCGGCGAGCUGACCAGGUGUUCGUGUGGUGCGACAUCUUUGCAAUCAACCAGCAUCCGAGUCAAGUGCAGGCAGACGACCUCGCCCAACUCAAGGACUGUGUGGAGGCCAGUGCGCAGACGCUGCUGUGCCUGGACGACAAGGGACUGGUGCUGACUCGCAUCUGGUGCUUGUACGAGAUCUGGAACACCGUACUGGCGGGCGGGCCGCCCAAGCUUGCCGUACUGGGGUACGACGUCAAUGAGGCCGCAUUCAAGGAGGUGUACAUCACCCUGGAUGUGGCUGAGGCUCAGGCCACGGUGGAGGCGGACCGGGUGCGCAUCCUGGACGACAUCGCCGCCAGCACAGGCCUUCAGGAGCUGAAUCUAGUGCUCAAGGACGCGCUGGUGGCCAGCACACAGCACGAGGCCGAGUACGCCCAACGCGUGCUCAUGCCGCGCAUCCGGCGGCAGGAGGACGCCACCGUCGUCAACCAGUACAUCGUCAAGCACGUCCAAAUGCUCAACAACGUGGGACGGCACGUGGAGUCGGCUCGCUACUCACAGCUGCUGAAGGAACUGGGAGAGCAAAUGGCCGCCAUCUUCCGCAAACAUCAGCAGCAGCUGGUGGACUCAAGCGGCAGGGAGACGACGGCGGCAGGAGCGGCAGGAGCGGCCGAGGUGGAGGAGGAGGCGGAGCCGGAGUGGCACUGGUCCCACUACCCACGAGAUGCGGCGCUUCGGAAGAUAUUCGCGCGCGCCAAGGAGGCGGCGGGCGGUGGGCGAUAUGAAGAGGAGCUGGCCGCUUACAGGGAGGCGCUGGCGCAGGCGGAGGCGGCGGUGGAGGACAGCAGCAAAACGGCGGCGGCGGCGGCAGCGGCUCUGGACGCGGCGGGAUGUCGACUGGCUGUGUCCACGUGUUUGAAGCGCCAGGGAUACAACAGCCAGGCUGCAGAGGGGGUUGAGGCAGCUCUGGCGCCCUUCGAGGCGCACGCACCCGGCGGCGUGACAGGCCUGUCGUACGCCUCCGCGGCACACGCGGUGGCGUUGCUGCUGGACAACAACUGGGAGAAGAAGGACCGCAUUGCUCAGCUGCUGCUGGCCGCGUACGACAUCCAGGCGGCGCAGCUAGGAGCCGCACACGCCGCCACACUCGCCACACUGGAGGCCCGGGCCAAGGCGGCCAUGUUCGGCGGUGACGUGGCCCGAGCCCUGGAGCUCAACCACCAGCUGUGCCUGGGGCUGUCAUCAGGAGGCGGAGGAGGAGGAGGAGGGGGCGGGGGCGGCCUGGACCUGACCACAGCGGAGGAGGGGCCAGCCACACACGCGGCGGUUGCCAAGCUGAGCAUUGCUGCGCUGGACGCCUGGCGCACCUACCUCACAUUCCUGGUCAUGCCGCAAUACGGCGGCGGGCGAGAUGAGGGGGUGGUGCGGGCAUGCAGGCUCCUCCUCCCGCCGCGGCGACGACAGCAGAUCCGUAUGGCCCGGCAGGCGGUGGCGCAGGGGCCGGGCAGCGAAUAUCUGGAACAGGGCCAGAAGCUACUGCAGAUGCUCAGCACUCUAGAGGAGGAGGCAGCAGCUUCUAGUGCUGCUACUGCUGCUACUGCCGCCGCUGGUGGUGCUACAGCCGAGCCGGCGGCGCUGCUGGACCCUGAUGACACGCGGCUGGACUGCGGCAUACACUUGCCGGAGCUCACGACUUGGGCCAACGCACUGGCGGGACAGGGCGACGGAGAGGCGGCUGUGCGAAUGCAUUGGCGCAUCGCGGACGUGCUACGGCAGACUGAGUAUAGCAGCAUGGCGUACGGCGCGACCAAGCUGAGCCUGGUUGAGGCGUACGAGCAAGGAGCGAUCCUGGACACUACCAUGCCCGGAGCCGCCAACCUCGCACGCGCCAUGCUUGCGAAGCGGGACAACCCAACCGCCGCCGCCGCCACGACGGCCGAGCCCGCCGCCGCCACCGCCAGUGCUGCUGGCGGGUCCGGUUCUCAGGCCGCUGCUGCUGCGAGUGGUGCUGGUGCUGGUGCUGGUGCGGCAAGUGGCGGCGGCGCAAGUAGUGGCGGCGCCGCCGCCGCUGGCGCGGCAGCAGGCACGGCGGCGGCGGCUGGUACGACCACUGCGGCUGGUACGACCACUGCGGCUGGUACGGUGGCGCCGUACGACGGGCCUAGCUACAUGCAGCUGGUGAAGGAGCUGACGAGCUGGAGUGAGGACAUUAGCAAAACAGGAGAGCCCGACUACGAGCGAUUCGUGCAGAUCCAGCGUCAGAUGUGGGCCUGUCUGGCUGCGACGCAUGGCAUCCACAGCUCUCAGGCGGUGCAGGCCCGGGCGUCCCUGGCACACGCCAUUGACCGCACAGGCCGCAGGGAGGAGGCAGUGGCGGAGAUGCGAGCCACCCUGGCGGACCACGAGCAAAUGCUGGGCGGCAAGGACCCGCUUAUGGUUCACACGCUGACUCAGCUGGCGAACAUGCUGGAGGACCGUGCAGAGGGCGAGGCGCUGCACCGCCGCGCUGUGGCCCUGGUGGAGAAGGUGCUUGGGCCAAACCAUCAGGAGGUGGGGUCGGCAUUGCAAGGCUUGGGUGGAUACAUCAUGAGUGGUGACAACAUGGAUCGAUUCAAGGAGGGCCAGGCGCUGAUGACGAAGGGAUCGGAGAUUGUGAACAAGUUUAUGGAGGAGCAGAACGCCAAGAGCAAAGCCUUCUAAGGCUUCACCAAAUCCGUUCUCGAGAGCAGGGCUGGCUGAUGACUGAGGACACUGCAUUACACUAGGGUGAGGACACCUUCAGCACCAACACAUUAUGGAUGCAGUCACGAGUAUUUGAAGCAGCAUGGGUGAUCAGACAUGGUACAGUAUGGCAGUGCAUGGUACAGUGUGUGGUGGUUGGUUGAAUUCCUAGUACAAGCAAGUGCAGAGGGUGGCGAGAAGCAUACGGUAGUCCCAAGUGUGAUGGCUAGAAUUUUGGCCCCAAAUCCCACAAUGUGUGUCAGGGCAAGAGUUGCAGUGCGGACAGAUGGUUACUUCCACAGUAGUUGCGCUGGCUGGCUCACAGAGUUUUCUGGUGCACAAUUCUGGUGGGGACUGUGGGGUGGGUGGAGGUUGGAUGACCCGCUGCCGCUGGUGACCGCCCUAACCACGUUCUCGCCCACGGCAUUCAGGGGCCCAAAAUGCCUAGUUUUAACGGUUUUUUUGGGGGGGGGAGGGCUCCGUCCCCCUUCAACUCCCCCAGGAAGGGGCAAUUGGCGAGAUUAGGGGACCAUACACAGGACUGUACGCCCGGUGUACCUGGUUUUGAGUCUGGUGCUGUAGACCGCGCUUCAUGCGCCGACAUGGUUUGCUGCGCGGUUGUGGGGCUCUGGCGGGCUUCGGCUUGUCUUCAACUUAUGCCGGUGUAGCAGCUUAGACACGCUUUUUGCGCAGAAACAAUGCACGGUUUGGUGAAGGUCGACAGCCUGCGUCACAGUGAUCACUGUGCCACAAUAAGUUUUGGGGUGAACAAAGUGGCACCAGCGUCAAAUAAUAUAAUGAAGCCUUUUCUGGAACUCGGUCGUUGACGCAGCCCCUGCCUUCAUAAGGAACCUGCACUGCCGGUGACCAAGCAGGCAGAAACUGGCAGAUGGGCAUGCCAAAUCCUGGACACGUGCUACGUGGCUGUUGUGCUGGUCACUGUUGAGCUGGUGCUACAUGCAAGCGCCUGUGGCAGUGUAAACUGUCAACAUACGUAUGAUAACUUGGAAAGAUCUCGGUCUGGGUGUGCUGCUUUUCGGUCGGCGGGGCAAGGCACGUGGGGAACUUGGUCGCAAAGGGUCGCAAGACAGGUGCGGAUGUGGCAGGGCUCCUAUCUUAAUGUCUCCAGACAUUAAUUGGCCUUUUUGGCCGUUUCCUAGACAUUCCUCCCGGGGGCUAAUGUCUGGGUUGAGAUUUUGUUGGCCCGGGUUUGGGGCAGGUUUUGUCCCAAUUCCUAUGGAGAAGCCCCCAAACCGCCAUGUGCCCAGACAAAAGACAGCGGCCACCGGGCCGUUUUUGUCUGGAGCUAGACAUUACCCCACAAACAAGAUAAGACCCCUGGGAUGUGGGGUCUCGGCUUGGGUCUCGGUGGGAUGUGGGUGGGGUCUCGCGCCGGCUCACACUCUUCACACUCUUGCACAGGCUGUGUUCUAGGGCCCGAUGUAGAGACAUGGCGGCUAGGCCACGGAAAAGAACAUCAGAAC